AUGUCCACCAAACCCCCUCACAUUCCCCACAUCCAUCUCCUCUGCAUGGAGGAAGAAUUCAGCGACGCAUUCAAAGUCGCCCGUCAGAGCCGCAAACUGCCUGACUCAGUCUCAGUCGAAAUCCACAACUAUGCCCUAUCCCAACUCCCCGAGCACGUCAAGUACGACACCAUUGUCUCACCCGCAAACUCUUACGGCCGUCUCGACGGGGCUUUUGACGAUGCUAUAUCCCGCCAGUUCUCACCGCGCGAUGAUUACCUCGCUCUCACGCACGUAGCUCAAGCGCAGCUGUACAAGACCUGGCGAGGUUUUGCGCCACCUGGGACAUGCACCCUUGUUUAUAUCCCAGAGGAGUUUGAUACCCGGUCUCGAAAUGUGUCCGGCACACGACGUGUCGCUAUCUGCCCGACUAUGCGUAUGCCUGCGGAUGUUCGGUGGAAUAAAGAGGUUGUAUACGAGUGUAUCUGGAGUUUACUCUGUGCUAUCGAUAACCAUAACCGUGAUGCAGCGGAGGACGAUAAGAUCGAGAGUGUUCUCAUGACUCCGUUGGCGACGGGUGUAGGACGUGUGAGUGCGGAGAAGUGGGCGUGGCAGACUGUCUUGGCUAUGAAGCAUUUCGUCGAGGCUUGUGAGAAUCCUAAGAAGUGGGGUGCUUUGGACUGGUCUGAUCUUGGGAGGACGUGUGCCGAGACGCAGCUUACAUGGACGAAAUGA